ACAAAUAAAAAUAUUAAAUUUAAUGGACAAAAAGGAAAAGACAGCCCAAAUACUCAAAAAGAAGAAAAGCACUUUAACGGAAUUGGAAGCUCAAGCUCAAAAGGUUGGGGAUUUUCUUUCUUCUCCUUUUCCUAUAGAUGGCUUUGUGACGUUGAUUCGACUCGUGUUUAUUAUGUGAAUGAUGUUUAUUUCCGCAGAAUAGUUUGCCUCGAGCAACCCAAACAAUUCCCUCCUUUGAAUUUAUAUGCUUUCACUUUAUUUUUCAUCAUUUUUGUUUUCUUUUUCAUUCAUUUUCGUCGUUACCAUCCGCAAAAGCUUCACAAAGAGAUCGCAUUGAUAAGAGAUAAUGAAAUCACUGAGAACUUGUACAGAGAAACCAUUUGUGAUGGGCGGAAAAAUGUCAUGAAACUGGAGAAUCGACUCGAUGUCAUCACCAAACGAUGUGGCAGUGUGAUGGCUGAGAAUGCUAAAUUAAGAGAAGUCAUUGAUCACAUGUUGAAGGAAAGGUCGAGCUUUAAUGUGAUGUGGCAAAGAAUGAUCAAUAAAUUGAAUUGUGAGAAGCGUCACAUCAUGGAUUUAGUAGAACAAGCAACCAGCGCAUUCGAUCAAAGAGAAGAGCUUUGUACGAAGCUACAAACACUCAAGGAACGAGGUCAGAGUGACAAAACUAAUCACAUUCAUGAGAUGAAAGAACUUCAACGGAAAUUGGAUCACGAUGCGAAACUUCAGGAAUUCUUGGCCAUCAAAGGCCAGCAAAGGUUGAAUACAGAACAGCAAGAGCGUGAAGCUGAUAAGCGAAGGAAGAAAUUAGAAGAAAUGGAACGUCAGUUUAUGGAAUACGAUAAGAUUUUCCAGCGGAUUAUUCUUCUUUCGGGUGAAAAAGAAACCGACAAAAUCAUUUCAAAGUUCAUUAAAGAGGAAGAAGAGAAUUACGCGCUCUUCAAUUACGUCAACGAGUUGAGUCACGAAAUCGAACAAUUGAACGAGACCGUGCAACAGUUGCAAGAUAGCAUCGAUGAACAGAAAGAAAUCAGGGAAAUGAAGAAAAACUCACAGGAUGACAACAUUGAACUGUUGAAAGAAGAAGCAUUGAAACAAAAGCAAUCUGCUGACGAUGCGAGUGAUUACAAGAACGAAUGUGAAGCGACAUUGCUUGCUUGA